GCAGCAAAUUAUUCAUGUAAGAGCAUCCGGGACUCUGGUUACUCUGAAGGAGACGGGAGGUACUGGAUCGACCCUGAGAACAGUGGAAACCCAUUGAACGUUUACUGCGACAUGACAACUGACGGAGGUGAGAUCUGCUCCAAAAAAAUAUGAACUCGUGAGCAAUUAUAGCUCAUUCAAACUACUUUUCCGUUUCUGAUUGAACUAUAUUCCCCAGCUUAUUCUUUAUAAACAGCUACCAUUAUCAAAUUUAAAGACAUCUAACGUCAAUUGUACAGAUAUCGUUUGAGAGAGGGACAGCAGAAGGCGCAGUAGCUCAUUUUUUUUUCGCAAAUCUGAGGAUUCGCUUAUUUGGCCAAGACCGACUAGGAUAUGGUUUUCAGCGUAAUACAAGUUUACUAAUUUACGUCUUGAACAGGGUAUCUUUUCAAACUGCAAGCGAAGGCUGGUGAUGCGCGGUCUACAUGCCGAGGUACCAACAAUAUAUUUUAGAAAAAAAACUCUAAUUUCAUGAUGUUAAUUUAAAAAGCACCUCUAAAUUCCUUGUGUAAAACGAAGUGAAUCGGAGUUGUGAAAUUAGGUCUCUUGUCUUUAGCAAGGUAGCAAAAUAAACAAUUUUUUGUCUUAAACAGGGUUAGGGUUUGAAGGGUUCGGGGACCUCCUCCCCCAUCCUCCCCAACCCCCCCCCCCCCUUACCCCUUACCUCCCCGGAGGAUCUCAUACGUUAUGCGUAGGAGACAGCCUUUCAACUAUUUUCAUUGAUAUGCUUGCUUCGAAAUGGGCAUGCGGGCCCCAUAACUUGCACAUACCCUGGGUAUCGAGCGUAAUAUUUAAAUGCUUUGCCAACAUCAGGAUCACUGAUCAGAUCGCUUUUCUGUGCUUUGCGUUCAUGCCCCGAGGGGGCAUAUAUACUUGCGUGUUUUUGUGCCGUUCCGGCUUUCGUCGCUGAGCAUGGCCGAGGCUCCUGUCGCCAUCCUUGUUUAUGUUCUGGAAGUCGUUCGCCCGACUGCAAUACCUCCUUCGAGUUACCUUUUAUAGCGUGGGUCGCUUUCAGACUAGAUUUCAUGGCGGGUAUCAUUCUCCGUUUCAUUUUCUUAGCGUGUCGCUUCGACUUGUUUCACUGCGUACGUCGCUUUCAGUUGUUAUGGCAUGUGUCGCCUUCACGUUGGUUUUUCUCAGCGUGUGUCGUUAGCAAUUUCUGGCGUGAGUCGCUUUCACUAGUUUCAUGGUGUCUUUCGUAUUUUGCUCUCCAUUUUGUGUUUAUAGCGUGUGUCGCUUAUAAGUUGUUUUCAUGGCGUGUGUCGCCUUCCGGUUGUGUUUACGGCGUGUGUCGCCUUCCAGUUAGCCAUUUCUGGCGUGUGCCGCUUUCACUCUAGUUUCAUGGUGUGUUUCAUAUUUUGCUCUCCAUUUAGUGUUCAUAGCGCGUGUCGCUUACAACUUAUUUCAUGGCCAUGGCAUGUACCACCUUCAAGUUGUUUUCAUGGCGUGUGUCGCCUUAAGGUUAGCGGCAUUUCUAGCUUUAGACGUUUUCAGACUAGUUUUUUUUUACUAUUUUUAUUUUCGUCGCGGGUGUCGCUCUUAGGUUUCCUCAGCCUUUAUAGCGCGUAUCCCUUUCAGGCUGGUUUGUUUAUGGUAUUUUCUGCUCCUAAUUUAGUUUUCGUAGUGUGUGUCACUUUCAGUCUAGUAUUUGGCAUCUUCUGCUUUUAUUUAUUCAGUAUGUCGCUCCUCCCUUUUGUGAUCGUUUUUCAUGGUGUGUUGCUUCUUUUGUCCUCAUGUGCGGCGCGUCAUUUUGGUCUUGUAUUUCACAUUUUCUAUAUACUUUGCGGUCCGAGUUUUUUCUGUAUGCAUGCUCCUUCGCAUAUCCUGUAGUUUGUCGUGUCUUUAUUCCCGUUCGUUGUUGCUUACAUUUUCUUUUCCACAACUAGUUCCAGUAUUCGGAAAUUUUCUUCUCUAUUUCUUUGUUUGUUCGUCAAUGUUAUAGAAGUAAAAACAUCAGUUUUUUCUAGUUUUUUUCCUCGGGCCCUUUUGUUUUCUCGUCUUUUAUUCUCUUGGCAUUUUAAAGCGAUGUUAAAGUGUUAAGCUUUCAAUUGCCAGUACGCACGGCACGUGCUUUUAUCAUCAAUUUUCCCCGUUCGAAUUUAGAAUUCAUGAUCAUGGCAUCUCUGUUCUGUUUUGUUUACAAUAUCAGUGCGCGAUGUACACACUCGGGGGCUCUUAAACGGAAGACGGCCGGUUUCAUCCUGUUAUUUGGAAUUAGUCAUCCGCGGUUCUAUGGCGUAGCUGCCUAGGCUAUUUUCUACGUUCCAGAUUUAUUCGGCGUUUGCCAUUUGUUAUUAGUUUUAUGGGCUUAUAGUUAUUUAUGCAGGUUCAUCUCGACUAUACCUCGUGUGACACAAAUCGGCCCAUCACUUUGUUUUGGUUGGUUUUUUCUUGUGUGUUGUUUUAUUCGCUUCGAGAAAUGUGUUGUUAUUUCAUGACUUUCGGUCUUCUGCUCCUGCUAUCAGUCUGGGCGAUCUGGGGCGGGUCUUCUUAAUUAUACCCGAUACUCUGUCUGUGACGGGGUUCCUGGAUCGGCCUGGUUGGUGGCUCCCCUUUUCCCCCUUAUUUCUUUUUUCCAGUUUUGGUUUAAAGCUAUCAUAUGAGGUAUAUGUGCGUUGCCUUCGUGGUAAUCUAUUUCCAAUUAUUUCGCUUUUAGGCACUGUUUAAACUUCGGUUAAAACGCACGAGAUUCCGUCAGAUCUAAUCAUUCCUGGUGUAACUGGAAGGGGAGCCCUUCAGCUGGGCCGGUCCGCCCCCGUCUCCCUCAUCGGUCUCGGCUAUUUCUUUGACUUUGGGAAGUCGAUCCUUGUUCCCACGCAAAUGUCGGUUUUUCAGGGGUAUAUCAUAGAUUUUACUUUCACUGCGUUUUUGAUGCCCCUGGAUAAGAAGGCUAAACUUGCUUCUUUUCAAGAAAAAAUGCUUAGCCACAAGACUGUAUGUCUAAGUCUCUGCAGAAGUCUGUGGGAAGAUAAACUCCUUUACACUCUUGUACCUGCCGCCAGGUUGUCUUUUCGUGCGGCGUGUUUGGCCAUAUCACUCGGCACUGGCGUCUCCGAGAGCUUUUCCCGUAGGAUGAGCUUCUGAGAUUGGGGGGAAUAUGACGAUUUUUCUAAGGUUGUUGGCUUAGUGGCAGUACUCGGCGCUCGGGUAGAAAUUAUUUUCGCUCAUAUCUUAGUAUUCCCCGCGUGUGCCAUUAGAGGUGCAACAUACCAAUGAAAAUUCUCUUACUACUGUCUAAACAUAUCACCGUGGCAAUGAAUGACAACGGCGUGCUAAAAUAUACAUCCCGACGAAGCCUUUCGAACUAUUUUGCUUCAAGGCUCCAAUAAACUUUGCGGCGUUAUUAUUUUUUCUUAGCGGUAUAAACAGGCAGUGUAUUUUUGAACUCAAUUCGAUUGCAUGACCGAAAAUUACCUUGAAUGGUGAACUAAACAGGCUGAUCUAAACUGUCGAAAUAGCAUAUUGUUUCUAGAUUCCCUGCAUUACGUCAUAAAAGUUAUGUAGCACUACCUUAUUUUACAUCGCUUCGAGAUUCAUUCUGCCUCGGAACUUUAGCGCAUGACUUUAUUAUGCUGCCGCCUCGUAGCCUCGUGUCUGCUCGUUGGCAAUUAUUUGAAUAGCUGAAGAAACAAUGUAAGUUGGGGUGCGUUUCUUUUCAAAAAAAUACCAAAAACGGAUUAUUGAUACAAAUGAUCUACAACGGGGGUGGAUUCUUUGGAUCAUAUCCAAAACCGGAUACUUUGGAUGCACAAUCCGAAGCGUUUCUUUACUGCGGAUCCGAAAAGAGUGAAUACAGUCGGCGGUAACUCGAAAAAAAUUUAAUACACACAGCAGCCUGCGUAGUAGCAAGCGUCGAAAGGGGUUGUGGAUAGAGAAAAAGGGAAAAAGGGAGGGGAUUGGGAAGAGAGGGUGAGGGACGCCUGCUAUAAGAACCCCCUUUUGUUCAUUGCUGCGGACGCUGGCAUCCACAAAUUCCUGUUUAGCUGAGCCGUGAUGAAUAACUUAUUGGCGUGUAUCCUGGCGUGUAUUAGUGAGAGACAAACAUGAUGAAGGCAUUAAGGAAAUGUGUUCUACUAGCACAAGCUCUGGAAGAUCAAAAUUACUCCAAUCAUGCAGCAACUUAAAGUUAAUACCUGAAAUGGAACCAACUGCAAUAGCUUUGAAAAAUAAUCCGGAAAACCGUCACGUAAGGCCAGAAUGGCUUGAGACUUUUCAACCCCCUUACGCAUCAAGCAAGGUUAAGUAGAGUAAGCUACUUUUUGAAAACGAUGCGAUCCGAAAUUGGAUUUCCGAUGAAUUUCACAAGCGGUGUAUUUCUCAACCAAAAACCCAUUAAACAAACCAUCCAGGAAUAACAGAAGAAUCUUAAUAGCGAGCUGCAUUUAAUUAAUUUUGUACAUCCAGUGGAAAAAGACGGUUAAAAGUAUCAUAAGAUGACAAAAAAACUCCGUCAGCUUCAGCUAUCUACGUAAACAAGUUUCCAAAUGCUGCAAAAUAUUUCCACAUGAAUUCACCUGUCAAAUUUUGACCAAUCGGACAAAAAAUUGGGAGUAGAGCAUGGCCAACGCAUGACUAUGGUGAGAAAUGCUAAAAGCAUUUGCCUUCCCUGCCUGUUAAAAACUGACUAAAUUUUCGCGUCCAAAGUCAGUUCGAAAUCAAAAUUUUAAUUGUUCAGCUCAUAAACAGAAUUUAUUUCCUGUGCGUUGAAAAAAAAUUGAGUUUGAGUCUGCGAAUAUUUGAAAACUAUUAAAUUCUCAGUGGAUGAAUUUAAAAAAAAAAAACGUACACUCGAUGGGUCAAGAAAUAAGCCCGCGAUACGGUCAAGUGAUGCUGGUCAGCGGAUACCCUGUUUUGACAACUGUCAACUGACCACGACAUGGAUGUGCUAUAUCAGGUUGCAGGCUCCCAAACUAGCCAGAAAGUGUGAGAUUCAAUAUUGGUUUCCUUGUUGUGCAGACGGAGGGACGGUCACGUGACUACCAAAUUUUCUCGGGUAGAUAGAAGCGCGCACGUCGAGCUUCGCUAUUAAAACAGCCAUUCUUACUGAUUUUACAGAAUGUAGAACUUUAAUAAGAUACCUCUUUAUCUUCACAUUUUUAUUUCAGGAGGCUGGCUUCUUAUUUCCAACAUCACGAUGGAAAGUUCAACUCCUCCUUCUCAGCUGCCAGUCAAGACUUCAUACCGUGGAAUAACCAGUGAUCAGAUGGUUCUCACAAAAACCGCCAUGAAUGAGCUGAGAGCACUCUUGUCUUUCAUUCAACUGAGAUUCCACUGCAGUAAAAACAAUGGAAGAACGUUCCACGUGACCACUGCUGAUAACAGCGCUGGUGAAGCUGUAGUCCAGUACUUCAGCGGUCAGACGGAUAUCCAGCCCGCCUCGUGUGGCUCAUACUUUAGAAUGGAAAAUGACAACUCAAGGUUAGCAGGUGUUUGCCAAGAGUGGGGAUUGGAAAGUGGCUCUUUCAAGGUAGCUAAAUGGGGCGCUGGAUUUGAUCAAGACAGAUUAUACAACCACCCUGCUUUUGUUAAUAUAUUAUAUAAUUGGGCGCUUCAUUUUCCUUUCACCGGUUAUGGCCCAUCAAGAAGAUGGAAAUGCGAUGAUCAUCUUGUUGGGGUGACGACUGGUGAUUUCUGGAAAAUUUACGUUCGCUAA